AGAGGGGGGGAGUAAGAAAGAGAGGAGGAAGGAGAGAAGGCAGGAAGAAGGCAAGGGACGAUACAACCAUGCUGUGCUGUAUGAGAAGAACCAAACAGGUUGAAAAAAAUGAUGAGGACCAAAAGAUCGAACAAGAUGGCAUCAAACCAGAAGAUAAAGCUCAUAAGGCCGCGACCAAAAUUCAGGCUAGCUUCCGUGGACACAUAACAAGGAAAAAGCUCAAAGGAGAGAAGAAGGGUGAUGCCCAAGCUGCUGAGGCGGAAGCGAAUGAGAAGGAUGAAGCCCCUGCUGCCGAUGGCGUGGAGAAGAAGGAGGGAGAAGGUCCCACUCCCACUGACGCGGCCCCGGCCUCGGGCCCCAAGCCUGAGGAAACCGGCAAGGCAGGCGAAACUCCUUCCGAGGAGAAGAAGGGGGAGGGCGCCCCUGAUGCUGCCACAGAGCAGGCAGCCCCCCAGGCUCCUGCCCCCUCAGAGGAGAAGGCUGGCUCUGCUGAGACAGAAAGUGCUACUCAAGCUUCCACUGACAACUCGCCGUCCUCCAAGGCCGAAGACGCCCCAGCCAAGGAGGACCCUAAACAAGCCGAUGUGCCUGCUGCUGUCACUGCUGCUGCCGCCGCCACCGUCCCUGCUGCAGAGGAUGCUGCUGCCAAGGCAACAGCCCAGCCUCCAACGGAUGCUGUGGAGAGCAGCCAAGCCGAGGAGAAGAUAGAAGCUGUAGAUGAAACCAAACCUAAGGAAAGUGCCCGGCAGGAUGAGGGUAAAGGAGAAGAACGUGAGGCGGACCAAGAACAUGCCUGAACUUUAAGAAAUGGCUUUCCACGUCCCCACCCUCCCCUCUCCUGAACCCUGUCUCUCCCCACCCUCUUCUCAACUCCACUCUGAAGUUUCCCUUCCUGUCCUGCUCACGUCCGUGAGUCUGUCCUCUCCUACCCACUAGCCCUCUUUCUCUCUGUGUGGCAAACAUUUAAAAAAAAAAAAA